AUGGCCAUCCCAAUUCCCGCGCUGUCAACGUUCAAAGAUUUCGACUACGUCAUCGUCGGCGGUGGAACAGCUGGGCUGGUCCUAGCUGCGCGCUUGUCCGAAGAUCCCACGAUCACCGUGGGCGUGCUUGAAGCGGGAAAAUCGAGGUUGGGAGAUGAGAAUGUGGAGAGUCCGGCGGGGAUGGGCAAUUUGCUUCAUAAUCCUGAAUAUGACUGGGUUUACGAAUCGACGCCUCAGGCAGGAACAAAUAAUACGGUCCAUCAUAUUGCCCGGGGAAAACUGCUCGGCGGAUCCAGUGGCAUCAAUUAUCUCGCCUACUGCAGACCAGCAGCCCAGGAUAUCGAUUUCUGGGAACAGCUCGGAAACAAAGGAUGGAAUUGGUCUGAGCUCCGGCCGUAUUACCAUAAAAGCGAGAGUCUCCAUGGGAAGGCCGGGCCCGCGGUUGAGAACAAACCGGACUUUUUCGCCAACAAUCCUCGGUCGCAUGGGAGCUCUGGGCCGAUUCAGACCUCGUUCGCGCCCUGGAGAGUGCCCGUUGAAGACUCGAUCAUUGCGGCGUUGAGCGAGCUUUCCGGGGUGGAAGCCUCCAAGGAUCCUUGGGAUGGUGAUCAUCUAGGCAUUUAUGGAUCCCUCUCUGUGAUUGACACUCGCAAGGGGGGAGGGAGUCGAAGUUAUGCCGCGACGGGGUAUUUGGCUCCUAUCAUCGGCCGUCCGAACCUCCAGGUGUUGACGGAUGCUACAGUGUGCAAGGUUCUACUCGAGCAGAGCGACUCGCUGACUGCGCGUGGGGUAGAAUUCUCUUACGAUGGUGCCACCCACUCGGUCCAUGCGAGGCAGGAACUCAUCCUUUGCGCGGGAACAAUCCAAAGCCCACGCCUUUUGGAGCUCUCGGGCAUCGGUGAUCCGCAAAUACUCGGCGCAGCGGGCGUUGAAUGUGUUCUCCGGCGACCAGAGAUCGGGAACAACUUGCGCGAACACCCCAUGACGUCCAUCACCUAUGAAUUGGCAGAGGGUCAGAUCUCCUUGGAUUCUCUGUUCAACGAGUCAACCGCUCUCGCCGCUAAGCAGCAGCUGCUAGGCACCGACGGCGGUAGUGAUUCGUUGAAUGGGGCCAUGGGGCUGGCAGGCUUCUUGCCAUAUGCCAGUCUCGUCUCGACCGAGGAACUCAACAGCAUGGUGUCCCAGAUGGACGACGAGGAGGUUUACCCCAUCGAGGAGAAACAGGACCUUGCUGCACGACUCCGGAAUCCCAAAUACGGAGCAGUGCAGGUUGUCGGCUGUCCGGCCAAUUUCGACGUGUCAGCUGGACAUGCCGACCAGCGCAGGCUGAUGGCCGGCCCCCCACCGGGUCGAAACGCCUGCUACGCUUUUCUCCUGAGUUUAGCCACCCCGCUUUCUCGGGGCAGUUCGCACAUCACCUCUGCGGACGCAUUUGCUGUCCCUCAGAUCGAUCUCGGCUUGCUCUCCCAUCCCAUGGAUGCCGACGUUCUUGCUGGCGGCCUAGACUUUGCAGAUCGCGUCUUCCGUUCCUCGCGAGUCGCCGACAAGGUCGCUGGACGAGUCGAUCCACCCCCCGAGAUCAACCUUCGGGAUCGGAGACAGGGCCGUGAAUUUGUCAGAAGCCAUACAACAGUAUUCAAUCACAUGCUGGGAACCUGUGCAAUGGGUCAUGUCGUGGAUGAGCGGCUGCGGGUGAAGGGGGUGAGCGGGUUGAGAGUGGUGGAUGCAAGUGUGUUUCCAACGCAAAUUUCGGGCAACAUCAUGGCAACGGUGUAUGCGGUAGCUGAAAAGGCCGCAGACAUGAUCAAGGAAGAUCACUUCAAGUAG